CUGAGUCUAGUGUUGCGUGCUCUGUUUCCUUCCUUCAGUCACUACUCUGCUUCAAGCUCUCACAUGUGGUACAGAGUUUGUUACAUUUUUGUGUAAUACUUCAAAGUUGGAAUUACCUCUCAAUAUGACACCGCUACUGUUCAAAGAUGCUUUUUGGGGUUUGGAUAUCACCAACCACCAGGGCUACGAGACCCUGAUACAGAGACUGUGCGAGGGGAGACGUAUGUGCAAGGACACAGAAGACCUCCUUAAGCUGAGGGCACAGGCAGAGGAGAAGUACGGCAAGGAGCUGGUGAUGAUAGCCCGCAGAGCCGGGGGCCAGACCGAGAUCAGUACCCUGAGAGCAUCGUUUGAACAGUUGAAAGCGCAGAUCGAGAAUGUGGGGAAUUUGCACAUCCAGCUGUCGUUGACGCUGAGGGAAGAAGUCAAAAAGAUGGAAGUCUUCCGAGAGCAUCAGAAGGAACAGAGGAAAAAGUUUGAAGGAAUUAUGGAGAAAGUUCAGAAGACUAAGGUGGCCUUGUACAAGAAGACAUUGGAGUCCAAAAAGUCAUAUGACCAGAAGUGCAGAGAGGCAGACGAGGCUGAGCAAGCCGCUGAAAGGGUCAACAGCGUGAGCGGUGUCACACCAAAGCAGUAUGAGAAGGUGCAGAACAAAGCCCGUCAGUGCCGCGAGGCUGCCACCGAUGCUGAGAAGCAGUACAUGGCUAAUGUGGAGCAGCUGGAUAAGGCUCGCCUCGACUGGGAGAACACGCACAGGAGCACGUGUGAGGUCUUUCAGCAGCAGGAGGGAGACCGUAUCAGCAUGCUGAGAAAUGCCAUAUGGGAACACUGCAACCAUUUCUCCAUGCAGUGUGUCACAGAAGACGAGUAUUACGAGGAGGUGAGGAAGAGUCUAGAAUUAUGUGACAUUAUCACAGAUAACAACAGUUUCAUUGAGACGAAGAGAACAGGGUCAUGCCCGCCAGCUCCCAUUCUCUUUGAGAAUUAUUAUGAGAGGGACACUCCAAACAAUGGCACCGCCCGAUGUGGAGGAGUGAUGAAGAGAUUUUCCAAUCUAUUGCAAGGGAACAGCUCUGGUGGGUCCAGGUUAAAUGUCAGUGACCUUCCAUCACAAACUGCGCUAUCUAGUGCUGACCACUCGGACAACACGUACGCGUCCAUACCCGGGUUUCAGCAGCACACGCAGCAGAGCGUGCCAAUGGAGGCAGAAUACAGGGUGCUAUAUAAUUACACUGCCCAGUGCAGAGAUGAGCUGUCCAUUUCGGAGGGGGACGUGGUGCUGGUGGUGGAGCAAAGUGAGGAUGGCUGGUGGACAGUGAGCAGGGACGGACAGGCUGGAUUGGUUCCAGGAUCCUACCUCACCAAAGCCUGAGCAU